AAGAAGGUUCAGAAAUCAGGGCUUCCGAUUGGAGAAGAUAAUCUCUUUAACUCUCCAAUGGCGGUUUCUCCUGCUUCUUCGUCGGUCAAGUUCUUGUUGUUUAGCGUGUCUAUUGUUGUUUUGGUUGGGUUAGUGAGCACAUCGACGUUCGAUGAGCUCUUCCAGCCGAGCUGGGCACUGGACCAUUUCAUUUACGAAGGAGAGCAGCUUAAGCUUAAACUUGAUAAUUAUUCUGGUGCUGGAUUUGCAUCAAAGAGCAAAUAUAUGUUUGGGAGGACAACAAUUCAGAUCAAACUCGUUGAUGGAGACUCUGCAGGAACAGUAACAGCAUUUUAUAUGUCAUCGGAUGGUCCAAGUCACAACGAGUUCGACUUCGAAUUUCUGGGCAACACGACCGGCGAGCCUUACCUGGUACAGACGAACAUGUACGUGAACGGGGUGGGAAACAGGGAGCAGCGCUUGAACCUCUGGUUCGAUCCCUCCAAAGACUUCCAUUCCUACUCCAUCCUCUGGAACCAGCGUCAAGUGGUUUUUCUAGUGGACGAAACGCCUAUACGGGUGUUCACAAACAAGGAGAGCCAAGGGGUUGCAUUCCCAAAGAAUCAAACCAUGGGUGUGUACAGCUCAAUAUGGAACGCCGAUGACUGGGCAACACAGGGAGGAAGGGUGAAGACGAACUGGACACAUGCUCCCUUCGUUGCUACUUACAAGGGUUUCCAGAUCAACGCCUGCGAGUGUCCCGUCUCUGUGGCUGCCGACCAGAAUGUGAGAAAUUGCAGCGCAAACGAUAAGGGUUACUGGUGGGACAACCCAGUGAUGUCGGAGCUGAGUUUGCAUCAGAGCCAUCAACUGAUGUGGGUUCGAGCCAAUUAUCUUAUCUACGAUUAUUGCACGGACUCGUCGAGGUUCCCUGCCCCACCUCCGGAGUGUGACCACUGACCACGGGACCAUAGAAGGAGCAGGUUUUGGGGUCUCAGUUAAGGGGAGGGGAAA